AUGACUCGGCCGCCUCCGCCGAUUCUGCCCUUUCUGCCUGAUGUGCAGGUAGGAGGUGCGCUGCCUGCACGGCCGGUGAAGAUAGCCGCCUGGUCGGUGGGAUCGACACGCCAGGUCGCCCUCGCCUGCGAAGACAACACCGUCUGGGUCACUACAUCCUGUGUCGGCCCUUCCAACAGCCUCGUCCCCGAUCUCUCGCUGCCUGAAGCCUAUGCCUCGAGCCCUCGACCGGUUGGUCGCCCACGCGCUACGUCAUCCGCCUCCUCCAUUCUCUCCGGUUCUCGAAGGCCUUUCAGCCCAUCAUCCUCCACUCCCCGAGCUUCACUUUCCCUCACCUCCCCAACACUCACCUCCGUUUCCGACGCCACCGCUGCACCUGCCCCUCCGGAUGGUCAUGCCCAUCGCAACUCCGUAUCGGACCGUGCGGACCUGCGCGACUACCUGCGCGAGCAGGUUGAGUCUGACGAACGGUCCAGUCUCGGACUUGGACUCGCCGGACUGACUCGGCGCGGAAUCCAGGUGCCCAGCCGAGAUUCGUCAACACGGGGAGACGAGACGCCUCGUUCUUCUGCCUCCAACACGAGCAAGGCGGACUCGACCGGAACCGGUAUCACGCAUCGGCUAUCCGGGUUGUGGGGCAAGAAGGAUGACGAUGACCUCGCAGCCAAGACGAAGUGGAAACAGGACGAGAUGGCAGUGGAGGCCGAGAUGGCGAAGGAGGAGGCUGAGGAUGUCAAGGAGAAGGACGACCUUGCCGUCAUUGCUUCGAGAGCAGGCAAGGAGGGCGCGGGCAAGGAGAGCGGGUCUUCGUCGUGCCCGACACCUCGACUCGGCGACGACGCCAAGCCACCAGUCCGCGUCGUCCUGCCGAAUCCCGAGCGAGGGGCCAUCAUUGACGUUGCUGUGAUGGAGGACGUGGGUUGUCUCGUCGUACUGCGAGACGUGGGCUUGCUCGACAUCAUUUCGCUGCAGACGCUCGACCCGGUGUCCGCGACGAGCCUCGACUUCGUGUCCGUCGACGGCAAACUGCCGAAACUCACCCACAGCUGGCUCUGGCGGGGGGUCCACCUCGCCGUUCGUGAGGAGGGCACCUUGUUAAUUGCUCAUGGCGAGCCGUGGCCAAGUCCAUGGCCGAGCCCGAAUGGCGACGUAACUCGGGUAGUCAUGCUGAACGUCCCCGGCUACAAGUGCGUCGCCACGUUAGAGCUGCCCGGCAUUGGUGAUGUAGGCGUCACAUCGGGUGGAGAGUCUAGCUACCUCCUCCACUCGAGCGGCGAAUCUCUGACCUCGUAUCCGAUCAACUUCCCGUCAUCAGCGCCUACGAGUCGCUCUCACGCCCCGGUGUCCCCCCACGACAGCCCGAAACAGCGUAGCGCGAGCGGACCCGCCAGUCCAUCAACGUCGGCCGGAUCCUCGCCCUAUCUCCGGCCUGAUGGGCAGCGGAGACCAGGUGCUUUAGCUUCGGUGCGCGCGACGAGUGCUCGACAUGAGCUGGGCCUGGCGAAGCUCCUCGGCAACAAGAAGGUCGCUGAGAGGGACCACGCUAACAGCGUUCACGAGCCACCGACAGCCGGCGUUGAAGCAGGCGUCGAGGUACAGAGAGACGGGGGCAGCCUGUGGGAUCGCAUCCUGCUGCACGAGAAUGGUCAGGGUCUUGGCCUUACGGACAAGUAUAUUGAGGCUUUCGACUUUGACGGAAAGAAGCUCCACGUCCGAGGCGAGAUCGUGCUCGACGCGGAGGCUGCCAAGAUCUCUGAUGCUGUAUUCACGUCUGGGUGGCAUGACGUUUGCAUCGUCACGGAAGCCGACACGCAAGUCUACAGCCGCCAGGGUCCGCUGCAGCCGAGCUUGAAGUGGACCCCUAGACGGACAUUCCCUGCUGACUCUGCUUGCAUUUCAAGCGGAACGCUGUAUGCGACUGAGUCAAGCGCCGUCAUCAACGUCGACCUUGGGACAUUGGAACGAAAGACAGAACAACGGUUAGAACAGCCCACCGCCGGCGAUAACCUGUGCCCGUAUGGGCCGAGCACUGUUUUCGUCGCCGAUAAUGACGGAUGUGUGGCCAGCCAGACAUUGUCCGAUUUCCUCCAGGAGAAGGCUCCGGUACACGAUGAGACGGACAUUGACCGGUUCCCUUCCCCGGUGACGUUUUCCUGCGUUAUUCCCUCGCAAUACGCCGAGGGCGGACAUCUCUUCGUGGCCGGUGACGCCGAUGGAUCCAUCCGGUUGUUCGACGCAUCGCCGCUCAAGCCACGAGGCACAUGGACAUUGUUCGAUGACCCGGUGCGCUCAGCGACACUCAUUGAUCCCAACUCCACGAAAGCUGGGAAGCUCGCUGGCAAGCUGCUCUGCACUUCGGAACGAGGAACAGUCGCUGUGCUGGACUUGAAGGAGAUGGACGACAUGUUCGUGAUCCCCGCUGCGCGCGCUCCGAUGACUCGCAUCUUUGUCGGCGGCCACAGUAUCCUGCUGGCGUAUGAGAACGCCAAGGCUCGAGUAUGGAACUUUGAGACAGGCGAGUUCCGUCGAUCAACUGGUCUCGACGCGGCGGACGACAUGCUCAACGUCGGUGACUGGGUCGAGGUCCGGUUCUACGACCCGCCAGCGAUUGAUGGGCCCUUGACCAAGGUCAAUGGCCCGACGCCGCUGGGUUCCAAUCUCGGCCGAUUGCUUCAGCUCGACUUGCGCCAGCUGGCGACGUGGCUCAAUGCGCAUCCGGAUGACAAUGCCUUGGAUGUCUGCCGCGGCCUGCUGUCGGUUUUCCUAACCUUCGGCAUCAACGCCGGAAUUGACGAGGUCUGCGAGAGCAAGCUGGGCAUCAAGCCGCCGAAGCAGGCAGUCGCAGUGGGGCUCGAAGGCCUCGCUGCGUGGAAGAUAUCUGCCACCGCUACAGGACUGCGGCAGCUCGCGAUUGUGACGCUCCUGCGCCCGUUCAUGGAAUCUCCACAAUACGAAGACAGUGCGGCAGACGUCGUCGCGUACUACUCCGCAUGUCUUCCAGAGGAUACAGUGGAGGCCGGAAUUGAUCUGUUCGCCGGAUACUACCUCGACACUGCCGUGGAUGUGCAUCAAUCAGCUCGCAUGCUUUUCGGUGCUCGAUUGAGCAGGAUGCCGAACGAGGAUAUCGAGAAGCUCGUCGAGGCGAGACAGGAUCAUUUUUCCGCUGAUCAGGCUAUGUCUGAGGCGUCUACUCAGGCUCUGACGGUCAUCGGUGGCAUUGCCAUCCACCGCUUCGCGUGCAUGAACCCCACGGCACUGAAGGAUGCGGCUGCGUCGAUUGAGCUAUACCUGAAUGACCCGAAGUACACGCAUGUCGGGCUCGCCAUCGAGCUCUGUUCGAAAGGCUUCACAACCUGGCAGACGUACCUGGACCCCAUGGACCUGUUGCGGCGGCUGUUCUACCUCGCAACGCACAAGGAUUCAUCUCUGCCGAAUGCGGCUUCGGUUGCGGCGCAGGCGCGCCUGGCUGUACUGAAUGUUGCCUCCUCGAACGCCCCACUCUUUAUGUCGACGCUGAGCCAGGACAUUAUGGACGCUAAGACCGUCGACGACCGCACGGCUGUCAUGAAGUUGUGCGUGUUCAUGGCUCGCCGCCGCCCAGCACUGCUCGAGAAUGGCCUUCCCCGCAUCUGCGAGGCGGUCGUGAAGAGUCUCGACCCAAACGUAGGGAAGAUGCGCGACGACGUCUGGCAGGCCGCGACCGUGAUCCUAAACGAGCUCGUUUCAGCGUUCACCACAGUCGACUUCUGUGCGCACACUCAGCGUCUUGCCGUGGGCACGAACGAGGGCGCAGUCAUCAUGUAUGACCUGAAGACUGCAUCGCGGCUGUAUGUGCUAGAGCCGCACCACAAGGCGGUCAGCGCCGUGUCCUUCGCGCCCGAUGGGCGGCGACUCGUCACUGUUUCACUCGAGGAGAGCGAUGCGACAGUCUGGAAGGUCGGCUCCAGCAUUAGCGGCUUCUUCAAUGUCGGCGGACCGCCGCGGCAAGGCGGCAAACCCGGCGAGCCAUAUCGCCGCAUCCCCUUCGUCCGCGCCGAUGAUGGUGAGUAA